AUGGAUUAUUUUCUAAGACGUCGACGACAGCGAUUGAUUCAAGAUUUAAUUGAAUUACAACGUGAAGAAGAUAUUCAAAGACAAUAUGAAACAGUUAUGGAUAAUUUUAAGGAUUUGGACAGAUAUCGAUACAAUUCUGAAGAUGAUGAAUAUACAAAAAAAUAUCAUUAUCGAAGAAAAGAAUAUUGUUUAGUGACAUUAGUCUAUCGAGGUUCGAAUACACGACGAAAACAUCUUGAUGAAGUAAUGAUUAUUCAACAUAAUCGAACGGUAUUUAAAGGUUGUUUACAAAAUGGAGACCAAUUAACAUUUAAAUCAAAACGUUAUCGAAAUGAAUCCGAAAUAAAAUUUAAAUUUUAUAUAAAUGAUUUAUUUGAAGAUGAAAUGAUAGGUUGUUGUGAAUAUAGUUUAGUUAAUAGACAUAAACGAAAGCAAUUAUUUCAAAUUGAACAUAUUAUUGGAUCGAAACCAUGUUAUAAUUGUAAAUUCGAUUAUAAUACAUUAAGUUCAUUGAGUUCAACUUCGGAAUCAGUUUCAAGACAAAAUUCUCUUCCGAAAGUUAAAAGUUCUUCAGCAAUUCAUCGACAGUCAAGUUUCUUACCAAAUGAUCAAUUUAGUGGACCCAAAUUAAAGAAAAAACCAUCCUCACUUUUCAUUCCACAAACAACUGACAGAAAAGCUCCAAGUGAAGGAUUUUCUGCUGACGUAGCAGAAUUAUCUGAUUCGAAAGCUCGAUUACGUAAGAAAUAUUAUGAAAGAGAAAAAUCUGAUGAAGAUCAAACUGAUUCAGUAUCUACAAGUCAAUCAUCACCAUCGAAACGUAAAUAUGGACCACCUCAAUUAUCAAUGAUGUCAGUUUCUGAAGCACCCGAUUCACCCAUACUUUCCAUUCAUGAACAAACUAUCGAAUAUCUAUUUGAUUCAUCAUCAUCAACAACACAUAGUCAAUUGAAUCCAGCUUCUCAAUCAACUUCAAAUUUUGAUAAUAAUCAAAAUCGAUAUACUCAACAUCAAGAAUCCAUAUCAUUACAAACUGAAACUAAUUCAGAUGAUAUAAGACCUACAUUAAGCCUUAAUAAUUCGAAUGAAAUGGCUAUUGCCAAUGAUGCAACACAAUUAUUACUCACUCGACUUGGAAUUUUACGACAACAACAAAUUGAACGUCCAGAAGUAACAUCGGAUAUAUCAAUUCGCGAAAGAGGCAAUGUUGAACAUUUUGCUCUUAUUUAUUUACAUUCAUCAUCUCCUGCGGAAAAAAUAAUAAAACAACUUCGAAAUCUUGUAAAUUUCGUUAAAAUUUUCAAUGAUACUGAUGAUUGUGUUGCAUUUAUAAAUAGUAUAAGUUAUGAAAAAAUUAUAUUGAUUAUUUCGAAUUUAUUUUCACAUUCAAUUCUUCCACGUAUUCAAGAACUUCAACAAAUUUUUACAAUUUAUAUUUUACAUGAUAUUAAUGACAAUGAUAUUGAAUUUACAUCAACAAAAUCAAAAAUUCAAGGUUUUUAUACAAAUAUUAAUGAUAUAUAUGAAGAUAUAAGAAAUAGUAUAAAUAAAAUUUCACGUGAUUUAAUGAUUUAUUUAAGUAUAUCAUCAAAUGCAGUUGUACUUGAUCCAAUGUUUGUAUAUUUUCAAUUAUUAACCGAAAUAAUAUUAAAUAAAAAUGAAGUAAUAUAUGGUAUAAAAGAAUUAAUUGAUUUUUCACGUCAAGAAUAUGCUGAAAAUGAUGAAGAAUUAAAAAUUAUUAGUGAGUUUGAAAAAACUUAUCAAAAAUCUCAAGCAAUCUAUUGGUUUUCAAGAAAAUGUUUUCUAUCAAAAAUGAUCGAUAAAGCACUUCGUAUACCUGAUGCUGAAAUUUUAUAUAAACUUCGUAUAUUUAUUCAAGAUCUAUGUCAACAAAUUGAAAAUGAAUCCAUAAUAAAACCUUUAACAGUUUAUUUACCACAAACAAUACAACGAAGUGAUUUAGAUAGUUUACAAAAAGAUAUGUUAAAUAAAGAUUUUAUUGUAUUUCCACAAUUUUUAUUUGCUACAACCGAUCAAUUACAUGCAAAACAUAUUGCAAAAGAAAUUCCAUUAUUAGGCGAUGAUUAUACACCAUUAAUUAUUCGUGUUGAUAUUCCGGAAGAUUUUAAAUGUGCACAUAUGAAUUCAACUGAUAGUGAUUUUGAUAUUUUAAUAACUAUGAAUACAAUGGGACGUUUAAUUAAAAUUGAAAAAGAUAAUUUAAAUGAAGAUCGUACUGCUAUUAUACAUGUGACAUUAGUUCAAUGUGAUAAUCAACAAAAUAUUCAACAACAACUUGAUAUAAAACGUACAGAUAUAAAAAGUUUUUCACCAUUUGCGACAUUAAUUAAAUUAAUGAUAGCAAUGAAUCAACAAAUAUCGGCUGAACAAAUUGUUCAAACAAUGUUUGAUAUGAAUUAUUCGGAACAAGAUAUAAAUAUACAAAGUUCAAUAGCUGCUUCAUUUCAUAUGCUUGCAACAUCACGUCGUAAUCAAGAUGAUUUUCAACGUGCUGUUGAAUUAUAUCUUCGUUCAUUAGAUACAUUUCUUCGUAUAAUACCAUCAAAUGCAUUAGAAUUAUCGACGCUUUAUAUUAAUAUAGCAACAAUGUAUUUUCGUUUAGAUAAUUAUGAAAAAUCUCAUGAAUAUUAUCAAAAAGGUUUAGAUAUACAUCUUCAUUCAAAUACACCGGAUUUAUAUUCGGUUAGUAAUUGUACAAAUAGUAUAGGUAUUGUUUAUUUAAAACAAGGACUUUUUGCUGAUGCAAUUAAAUCAUUUGAACGUACAUUAAAAAUUCUUCAACAAAUACCUGAAACACAUGAAAGUGAAAUAGCAUUAACAUAUGAUAAUAUAGGUGAUGCAUAUCUUUCACAAGGUAAAUAUGAAGAUGCGCUGAAUAAUUAUACAAAAUCACUUACAAUACAAGAACAAAUUGAACCACGUAAUCCUCAAACAAUAGGUUCAUCUUAUCAUACAGUUGGCAAUAUUUAUUUAAAACUUGGUCGUUGUAAAGAAGCAUUAACUAAUUUAAGACGUGCAUUAGAAUAUCAACAACAAUAUUUACCAUUAACACAUCCAGCAUUUGCAUUACUCUAUAAUAAUAUUGGUUUAAUGCAUUAUCGAUUAGAAGAACAUACGGAAGCAUUACAAUGUUAUUCGAAAAGUCUUGAAAUUGCAGCAAUAUCUUUACCAGAAAAUCAUUCAAUGGUUGGUGUUACACUUUUUAACAUAGCACUGAUUUAUUCAAGUCAAGAUAAAUAUGAUGAAGCAAUUGAAAGUAUAGAAAAAUCAACUGCACAAUUUCUUAAAACAUUACCACCUGAUCAUCCGGAUGUUUUAGAAAAUAAAUCAUAUAUUGAAUCGAUUACACGAAAAAAAAUGUUGAAAGAACUUUUUGAUGAAAAUACAACUAGUUUUUAA